ACUGAAACUGUACUUCACUAAAUCCCAAAAAAUUACUAACUCCGAGCAACUUGUAGCCGUUAUUUGCAUUUUUGUGCAAAAAAAAACGUGCGCUUACGUCGGUUUUGUCAGUUGCUGUGUGGUGUGUGUGUGUGGUGAAUUUACUACCCCUCUUUCAGAGCGUAAAUUAAAUAUUGUUGCUAAAAGAGUACAUACAUACAUAUGUAUAAAGAAUUGUUUUGCUUAUCUGCGGACUGCGCUUUAAUGUGCGUGCGUGUGUGUGCUGUUAAUUAAUUUACAAAGCCAGCCGCCAGCCAAAGAGUCUCCACAUGUAUCUGGUUAACAUUUCGUUGGUACAAAGCAGUACACAAACAUAACUCCCUAAUAUACUUUGUCGUGUGAAAAAUUCGUUAAUGGCGCGUGUUACACCAACCAUUCUCUAUUUUUAAAACAAGCCCCCGAAACGGCCGCCCGCCCACAAAGUGCGUGUUAUAAACAAGUGUACAAUACCUGCCUGCCCACCGCAAUUGUUAUGCUUGUUAUUUUUUGUAAACUACGGCUACCUGUGCCAGAAUAGUUAAUCACCCGCUGCAAUUUGCAAGGGACUUAAGGAAAUACGGCGCCGUAAUACCAACAGAGGGGCUUAGCCAGACAUACAAACACACACAUACAUACUAAAAGUACAUGUGCAAUUGGAAAAUGAAAGUUCUUUUGCAUGCAAGAAGCGGACGUGCAUAAAAACCCCAGUAUAAUACACGAAGCACGCAGACAAACACAGUCGCGUGCGCUUGCCCUUGAACUUGUGUGGGGCCGGGGCGUGUGCAGUGGACGCUAAACAGUUGAAACCCACUCUAAGCACCAAAGGAACACAGUUAAAUGGCACUUUAAAAGCUUCUUAGUGGAACACAAAAAACUCAGGUGGAAAACGGCAACGUAGCGUUAGCUUCAAGUCAAUUCUGUUAAUUCUACGAGGUGUACUACGGCUUAUAUGCCCUUCCAGAGAUAUACUUGUACUACUAUAUAGAUAUUUUUGCCAGUUGCCAUUGGAAAAUAUUAAGUUCAACAGUAGCAUUAAACAGGAAAUUUUUGUACCUGUUGUUUGCGCACGCAAAAUGAAAUUUCUUCCUAAGCUCACCGUAGCAACCCACACACAGAUGUAAAACCUAUUGGGAAAUUUUACGCUAAAUAACAAGCUACCUGAAAUUAAAAUAAACAAUAAAUAAUAUACAUACAUAUAAAUGUAUAUGUAAAGUACAACAAUAACCGCAACAAUAACAAACUUUUGCCGUUUGACAAACCGUCCAAGUGAAAUUUUAGAUAGUUACAUACAAUAUAGAUUAUUAAUAAAAAGAGGAAGCCGACAUUAAUUUAAAGAUGCCAACCAUCUAUAAUAAAAAUAAAAACAACAACACCUAAGAGGCGAGCUCCUCCCCAUCAGUAUAAGUGGCAAUUUCAACGGAUAUAUCAUUUAAAGCACAUUUUUGAGCUGCAAUUGAAGCUCAGGAACCAAUUAAAAUACAUAACACACACACCCACAGACUCAGUCGAACUGUAGGAUAAAAGCUGUUGCCAUGGGUCGCAAAAAAAUUCAAAUAUCACGCAUUACCGAUGAACGCAAUAGACAGGUGACCUUCAACAAACGCAAGUUUGGCGUCAUGAAGAAGGCCUACGAGCUCUCCGUGCUCUGCGACUGCGAAAUCGCUUUGAUCAUAUUCUCGUCCAGCAACAAGCUAUAUCAAUAUGCCAGCACAGAUAUGGAUCGUGUGCUCCUCAAAUACACGGAAUACAAUGAACCACAUGAGUCGCUCACAAACAAGAACAUAAUAGAGAAGGAGAACAAAAAUGGCGUCAUGUCACCGGACUCGCCCGAAGCGGAGGCCGACUAUACGCUCACUCCCCGCACCGAAGCCAAAUACAACAAGAUAGACGAGGAGUUUCAGAAUAUGAUGCAGCGCAACCAAAUGGCCAUCGGAGUCGCUGGUGCACCGCGCCAGCUGCCAAACACGAGCUACACGCUGCCGGUGUCGGUGCCCGUGCCAGGCUCCUAUGGUGAGAACAUGCUGCAGGCCAGCCCACAAAUGUCCCACACAAACAUCAGCCCACGUCCAUCGAGUUCGGAGACGGAUUCAGGUGGGAUGUCCCUAAUAAUUUAUCCAUCGGGUUCCAUGUUGGAGAUGUCAAACGGUUACCCACAUUCACAUUCGCCGCUUGUGGGAUCACCCAGUCCAGGUCCAAGUCCUGGCAUAGCGCAUCACUUGCCCAUCAAACAACAGUCGCCGGGCAGCCAGAACGGACGUUCUUCCAAUUUACGUGUCGUCAUACCGCCCACAAUAGCACAGAGCAUGUCCGCCGCAGAGGAUGUUGCAUAUGCAGACCAACGACAAAACCAGACAUCUCUAAACACACCCGUCGUCACUCUGCAAACUCCCAUACCCGCGCUGACGAGCUACUCCUUCGGUGCCCAAGACUUUUCAUCAUCGACUGGCAUGAGCAGUGCGGACCUCAUGAGCUUACCCACAUGGCAUCAGGGUCUGGUGCAGCACACUAGUCUUUCGCAUCUGACUGUCUCGAAUAGCACACCACCGCCCGCCAGUUCACCCGGCGCCAUAAAGGUAAAGGCCGAGCCGCAGUCGCCGCCACGCGAUCUCUCGGCCAGCGGACAUCAGCAGAACAGCAACGGCUCGACCGGCAGCGGUUCGAGCAGCAGCACCAAUAGCAAUGCCUCAGCCAGUGGAGGAGUGGGGGGUGGUGGCAGUGCACCGCCUAAUAAUGUCAUAACGCACUUGGGGAAUGCCAAUGUGUUGAGUGGCAGCGCCGGCGGUCCCGGUGGAGGUGGCACCCCUGGAGGUGGCACGAACGACAGCGCCGAACAGGCCACCAAUCUGAGCGUCCUUAGUCAUUCGCAACAGCAUCUGGUUAUGCCGAACUCAAGACCCUCGUCCACGGGGCACAUAACGCCGACACCAGGGCAUGAUAAAUAUGAUGGAUAUGCAUACCGCGCGCUAAUGGGACAUAAUCCUAGAUGGAAUUUUGCCGGUGGAGUGCCGACGAGCAGCGAACAAGACGUGCGUCUGGCAGCGGUUGCCGCGCAGCAGCAACAACAGCAACAGCAGCAGCAGCAACAACAACAACAUCAGCAACAACUAAGCGACUACGAUGCGCCCAAUCACAAACGCCCGAGAAUAUCUGGUGGCUGGGGCACAUAGCCGGCACGUGACCAAGCCAUCAACUUUAAACAACAACAACAACAACAGCAUCACAACAUCAGUAGUAACAGUAGUAGUAGUAGUAGCAGCACCAGCAGCAGCUGCAAGAAGUCCGCAACAUGUACCAGCAACAAUCGCAGCAACAUUAGCAACGAUCAAGCCAUGAUGCCUCCACCUCCACGCAAAGAGUCCAGUCGCGUUCAAUACACAGAUAUAUGCGACUAUGAACGCAACUACGACUGCUAUGGGCAGCACGUGGCUGUGUCCUUGCAACAACAGCGACAAAAGUACGCGCCUCAGUUGCAACAUGAGUCUCGGUACCAAACUUCUUGCUAUGUUAGCAACCAAAAUUACAGCAGUAGCAGCAGCAGCAGCAACAAUAACAGCAACAGUGCUGAUGUAGCUGCAACACAUCCUGUUGAUAGCAACAAUUUUCAGACCAGUGCAAUAAUAUCGAAGUAAUUAACUGGAAAUUGUCAUAGGAUUCAUGUUUUAAACUUUCUUAUUACACAAGAGACGAUGAGGCGAUGGAGAAGAUUUAAUGAAAAGUAACAAAAAACAGUGACAGUGUCAUAUCUACAAUUAAACUUAAAUCAAGUAUGGUAAUAGUAAAUAAUUUUUAAAGUAAUAUGAGCCGCCUAUUUUGACAAGAAGCGCAGUCAAAUUGUAGUUAGUUAAUUAAUUAUAAUGGGCAAGCACACACACCCAAACACCCACACCCAGCUCGAAAUUGAAAUAUUGAAACGAGCUGAUUUAGUCUAACUAAAGUUAAUUAAACAACAACAACACUAUUUUAAGUCAAAACUGCAAACAAAAAACAAUUAGUUACAUACAAACAUGUACGUUUAAAUAAAAAUAUAAUUUAAAUUUAAAUAAAAACCAGCAAAAAAAAUUACAAAGGAAAAAAGAAUAUUUUGUAAAUAUAUAAAAAUGCUAAGUUAAGGCAGUUUGUGAAAUGCGUGCAAAGCGUUGAGCCACAUAAGUUUUAAACAUUAGUAGCCCCCUAAAAGUACACUUUUACAUUAAGCCGCUAAACAAUUACAAAAACAAACUAAAAAUACAAAUGUACGUAAAAUAUGCAAGUCAGACGAUGACGAAAAAAAGAUGGAAAAACUAUGCAAUAUAUGUUGCAAUAAGCCACAGAAAUGUACUCAAGCGCCAUAAUAAAUCGGUUGGAUCAGAUAUCGGAGAUAACAAUGUGCGCUUAUUUUAAUGAAUAAUUAUCUGUAGUUUUAUUUUAAUCGAUGUGCGUGCGUGCGUGUUAAUGAUUAAUUAUCAAUUAAAUUUAUUGUUCACAACAUUUUUCGUUAAGGCAAUUCAAACUCAGUUUACAGUCUACGAGUAAUUUAAUUGAUUUAUUUGAUUAGUUGCAGGAAUGUUUGCUUAAAUUUAAACUCUAAUUAUUUAACUUACCGAGUCCCAUCAUAAACGCGGUGGACUCUUUCUCUACUCUACUCUACUCUUUUCUUAAGCAAAACGAAGUCAUAAUGUAAUGUAACUUAACUGAGUUCUUCUGUUUAAUUUAAAUAAAUACGUUUUUGCAAUUCGCUCUUAA